UUAAACCGUUUAGUAAGUUGAACAAAUAAAAUAUGUUUUACAAUAACUAGAAGAGUUCAAAGUCUGGAUCUUUUUUGGUUUGAAAACUUGUACCGCAGAGAUAUGGGAGAAACAGCUUGUCUCAUGCAACCAUUCUCCUAUGUUUCCGGCAUUCCUAAUGAAGACAAAGAGGGGAACCCCAUUCAUGCACUUGGGCAAUCAAUUUCAUUCGGGAGGUUUAUGUCAGAGUCGUUGUCCUGGGAGAAAUGGUCAACGUUCCCUCAUAAGAAAUAUGUUGAAGAGGCUGAGCGAUACUCUCGCCCUGGAUCAGUUGCAGAGAAGAAAGCUUUCUUUGAAGCUCAUUACAAGAAAAUUGCUGAAAGAAAAGCAGCGGCUUUGCUAGAGCAAGCACAAAAUAAUGCAUCAAAAAAUGUUCCUGAGUCGGAAUCUGAAGAUGGAGUCAAUAAUGUCACAACCGAAGAUUCACAAAUGAUUCCUUUAAACCCUCAACAAGAGGUCAGUUCCAAUGGACACGAUAUAAACAUUACAGAGGAUAAAUCUGAAGGCAAUAAGGUGGAAGCACCAAAAUUUGUGAAUGAAAACAAGGUUCUUGUGGAGAAAAAUGUGAAUUUGGAAUCAACAAAGCAGAUUUGUAUCAAGGUUGAAGCCUUAAGUCGUCUUGGGGUGGAUGAUAGAGCAACUCAAAUGGGGAAAUCUCAGUUGAAGAGUUUAGGCUCUAAAAAGGAUGAAAAGGUUUCAAUUAGCAAGAAGAAACCAACACUGUCAUCCUCAAAUUCAUCAGGUUAUAGUAAAGUAACCAAGGUGCCACCUUCACCAGCUAGACCAGCAGCUUUAUCUCAUUCCAAGAAGGAAAACAACUCCACUCCGAUCAACAAGAAACCUGCAAUAGACUUGGCGGAGAAGAAGAGAUCGACUCCAAAAUCAUCUCACAAGUCUAUUUAUUUUACUCCUGCCCGGGAAAUUAAUCGAUUAACUUCAACUAUUAUCCGGAAGAUUGAUAGUUCAAAAGUUGCUGCCAAUGCUAAAGCAUCUAAAGAUUGCUCAACUCCUUUAAAGACUCCAACUGCGGCAUCUGUAAGUGGAGCAACAAAGCAUCCCUUGACCACUCCUUGGUCAGAAAAUAGAAGGGCUGGAAUGCUCCACGAGUCCUCAGCCUCAGGGAACAAAACAGUUCGAGCUAGAUGGCAAUUCCUCCCUACAGAUUGUUCAAAGUUUUUGAGUGCCUGCAGAAACAAAUUGCAAUCUCCAAAUUCAUCUACACCUUUCCGUCUUAGGACUGAAGAAAGAGCUGCUAGGAGAAAAGAGAAGCUUGAAGAGAAAUUUAAUGCCAAUCAAGCACAAAAAAUCCAGCAGCAAGCAACACUUAAGGAGAAGGCAGAAACAGAGCUCAAAAAAUUGCGUCAAAGCCUCUGCUUCAAGGCGAGACCACUGCCAAAUUUCUAUAAAGAAAGAUCAGCAUCUAAGAAUGAGAUGAAAAAGGUUACUCUGACACAAACUCAACCUCCAAAAGAAGGAAAGAGCUCCACAUCAGGCACAGUCCAGAUCAAAGUCUCCCAACCUUCAAAGAAAUCUUCAACCAACAACAUGGAAUCGAAUUGUUUCCAGGCAAAAAAAGGUCACAACUCUGAUUCUCUUAAUUCAAGGCCUACAAGGCUUACUCAUGAGAAUACAUCUCCAAACAUUCAGCCUGAGUAAGCAAAACCAUUCAAGUUUCAUUUUCCCAGAGAAUCAAAUUAUUGUUGAGCAAUGUCGUGCUGCUGAAUUAAUAAGUUGAGAUUUCAUGUCCUGUAUCCAGAGUUUUCCCUUGAAUUAGUAUUUACUAGCUUCAGCUAUUGUAAAAAUCACUCUGUACCUUUAAAUACUAUGAACAUAGAAUUUUUAAC